UCCUCCCAUUCUAUCAUCCUCCCCUUCCCCGGCGUGAUUGAGACCUCCUCGCCACCGGCGCCGUUCCGUCGCCUGGCCACCGCUGCUCCGCCACACCGAGAUAGAGAUAGAGAGAGAUAGAGAGAGAGAGAGAGAGAGAGAGAGAGAGAGAGAUGGAGAUAGAUAGACCUGGGUGCAUGAACUCUUUCGUGGACCAGGGGAGCGUGGAGAGCCACCGCUACUUCCUGGCGCGGCGCACCGUCCUGGAGAUGCUCCGUGACCGUGGCUAUUCCGUCCCCGCCGAGGAGAUCAACCUCACUCUUGACGGAUUCCGCUCUGAUUAUGGCGAGAGCCCCAAUCUCAAACGCCUCAGCCUCUCCUACUCCCUCCCCUCGCCGCCCUACAACAAGGUUCAUGUUAUAUUUUGUGGAACAGAACCUGUCAAAUUGGCAGUGAUACGUGAAAUAUACAUGCAAGUUGGUAAAGAAAAUUUGUACGGGUUAAUAUUAGUUCUCCAAAGCAAAAUGACAUCCAAAGCUCGAGAAGCAAUCAAAGAUAUUUUCAAAUUUAAAGUGGAGACAUUUCAUAUCACUGAACUGCUGGUCAACAUUACAAAGCAUGUUUUGAAGCCAAGGCAUGAUGUACUUACAGAAGAAGAGAAACAGAAGCUUUUGAAGAAGUACAAUGUGGAGGAUAGCCAGCUUCCUCGGAUGCUGGAAACUGAUGCUGUUGCUCGGUAUUAUGGUCUUCAGAAGGGACAAGUUGUGAAGGUGACGUAUGAUGGAGAACUUACUCGGUCUCAUGUCACUUACCGCUGUAUCAUGUGACACUAACUUGUAUAAAUCUAACCAAUGGUAGUUCUGCAAUGUGUUGUUUGUUUCUAACUCUGUAUGUCACAAGGAUUGCUAGCUUGAAUUGACUCAUUUUUUUAAAAAAUUGGUACUAAUCGUUCAUGUUUUACUUGCUAA